AUAAAACAAAUUACUUGUUAUUAUAUGUUAUGCUGAUAUGAUAUCUAAUUCUGAGAAAAGAAAAAAGAAAAAAUAGUGUUAUUGUACAAAUUGAUUCUCCCUCACAGUUCUCAUGCAAAGUAAGUGUUGUACAAAGCCAUGAUAAAGGGUUAAUACUCUUCAAGACUCUAUUUUUAGUUUCUUAGCAACUAUGGAGUUCCCCAAAUUUACUUCUUCCAUUCCUCCGGCACAAGUAAUGUACAAGAAUCAACUACAAGAGUACACCCAAAAAAAUGUCAAACAACUUCCAAUUUAUCAAACAGUUAAUGAAGGUUUUCCACAUGCCCCAAAGUUCAGAGCAAAGGUUUUGGUUAAUGGAUCUGAAUAUGAAUCCAAGUCGACAUAUCCCACGAAGAAAGAAGCAGAGCAGGCAGUAGCAAAAAUAGCUUAUGAAUGCAUUCACAGCGAAAUGGAUGCUAGAGAUAUUUCACUUAUUUACAAGGAACCUAUGUUGUGCAAAUCCAUUCUCUAUGAAUUUGCUGUCAAGAGGAAUUUGGAUAGGCCUAUAUAUAACACUAGACAUACAGAAGGGACAAGCUCAGUUUAUAUUUGUCACUUGGUGUUGGGAGGCAAAACUUACAAAGGUGAGUUAGCUGGGAGCAAGCAAAUGGCAAAGCAAGUAGCUGCUCAAUCCGCGAUUGAGUCACUCUUGGAAACUGAUGCAGGAACGCUUUACCAGAUCAUCAUGUCCAAAAAUAAGUGUCAUCCUUGUAUGCAAACCAGAAUGAAUACUGGCUCUAGUGGCAAUUUACAAGAUCAAAAAACAAGCAGUGAGACUUGCUUCAACACUGAUGGCAUAGUUGGUAGCUCUGGAAGUGGACCAAAGCGCAAAACCGAAACCAACAACUGUGGAAGGAACAAAAUGAGAAGAUUUGGCAAUUGACAGUUGGACUUUUUAUGUCCGUCUUAAGAUCUAGGUAGACUAUACUUGGUGACUGUUAAGACUCAUGAGAUAUUUAUUUCUGAAUUGUAUUUGAAAACCACUACCAGCAAAAAUUAUCAAGGGAACUCCUUAGUGCCUAGUAGUUAUUGAAGGGCUGAAUUUGAUUA